AUGGACCAGCAAGAGUCAGAGGAGGACCAAUUCUACAAGGUGCUUCAAGAGAACUUGAGAUAUGCAUUUACUAGCCCCAUAGCUACCACGCAGGUGUUCCCUACGCCUUAUUCACAGUCGCAGCAAACUAAAAGGGAGGGGGGUAAGAUGGGUAGUGUGGGAGGGGGGCUUGGAAUUGAGGAAGGGAAUGAGUCUUCAUUGGUGGAGAAUAGCAUGCUGGCGGUGCAGGGGGGUGCGAUUGAGGGCGUGGGAUCGUGUGGGACGGUGCCGAGCAGUGCGAUGGGGGUCACGGCGAUUGGUGGUGGGAGUACCACGGGGACUGGGACUGGGACUGCGGCGGCGGCGGCGGCGGCAGUGUCUGUGUCUACGGCAGCAAGUGGGGGGAAGAGGGCCAGGACGACGUCACUGAACGAUGUGAACACUCAGCCGUCGAUGGUAUUAAAUUUUGAGAACUUUCCCAAUGAGAUAUUUCUAGACUCUUCAGACCAGUUUCGUGAAUUCCGUGAGUUUUUGCAGGAGUCACCAGCUAGUAUUAAUCUGUGGCAGGCGAAGACGCCUGCCAAAACGCCGUUGAAAUUUCUGCAGCAGCAGCAAUUACAACAACAACAACAACAACAACAACAACAACAACAACAACAACAACAACAACAACACCUUCAUCAACAACAACACCAUCCACAACAGCAGCAGCAGCAGCAGGGACAACAGCAGGGGAUUUCUGGUUCCCUAGGGCCGCAGAUGACUGCGGGGCAGGGCCUGCAGAGCCAGCAUCAGACACCAUUGCAGAACCUAGACAUAAAUCAUAUGUUUAAUUCGGGCGGUAAAUCUACAAUGUCUCCUUCUAAGCGACUCUAUUCUUUAACUCCAUAUAGCAGAAAAAUCUUGAACGACAUGGAAACGCCUUACAGCCGGGCUUUUGCAUCUUCGUCAAACAGUGCGCUGGUGGACUUUCAAAGAGCUCGGAAAGAACAUGGAAGCAGUUUAAUGAAGACCCCGAUCACCAAAAAGACGCGACAGCUGAAUAACAAGCGACCUGAACAAUUAUCGGCCACGGCAUCGUCGUCUCCUCUAUCUUCAUCACUUAUUUCAAGCGUUGCUAUUCCUACGAUCGAGGUGUCGACAUCUAAGGUCGCUGCUGGCUGUACUGCUGCUUUUCAGCGUAAUACGAAGAACACUAUUUCAGAAGUUGCCUCAUCGUCACAUAUAAAUGAUCAGAAUCCUGAUGAAGAUGCAGAUGACAACCAGGACUUGUACGGAUCAUCACCGACAACCAUACAGCUUACGUCUUCGGUGACUAAAUCGGCGAGAGCUAACUUGAGCGAAUCUCCCCCAAUUGGAGCACAACGUGACCCGGCGAUUGAUAAUCGACUUUUUGAUAUUGCCGCAUCUCCAACUCCAAAACUGCACAGCAAGGUGUCUGUAGCAGAGACGCUGCCGUUACGGGUACCUGAGUUACCAAAGUUGGGAUCUUUCAAGAGUGUAACUGUGCGUCCACAACUGAUACCGUCCAUUGCAUAUAUCGCCUCAGGAGGCAACGUUGCAGGUGUUACAAGCGCUUCUUCUGUGGCCCCUGUGUUUAUGGGGUCCACCUGCUGCAAGAGCAAUAAUACUAGGACAGCGUCGAAGCUUGCGCCGAAGGGCAGGAGCAGAUCGAAAUCCGGCCAGCAACCGCAGCACUCUAAAUUCCAAUUUAUUAUGACAAAUGCAAAUUCUUUUACGCCCAAUGGAGAGGGUGGAUCUGGAUCAUCGAAGAGAAAACUGAAACGCUCCCAGUCCACAAUUGCUGCACAGGAUCAACAUGUUAGGGCCUCUGACAAUACUAAUACUAACAAAAGAAAAAAAAGAAUUUCUCGAUGUCUCAAUAAAGUUAUGGUAUUAUAUUAA